AUGCAUUGGUGCCUUCGUGCGCUUCGUUACGACGUGCCGUAUAUAAUACUAGGCGUCGUUAUUGGCUGGAAUUCAGAUGUAUGCUGCUCCGUCAAGGGGCGCUCUAUGCUUCCCACGCUCAUUCCAGGAGACUAUGUCCUGUUUCUCCCGUAUGGUAUGCUUCGUGUUCUUCAGUAUUUAUUCCAACGUCCGUUGGUGCGGAAUGGGGAUGUUAUUGUCAUGAAUAUAUCGCCAGAGCUGACUGUAUGCAAACGCGUGAUUCGCUCCACCACGGACGAGUCCGUUAUGAGAAGAUGGAACGAAGAUCAAUUUACAGGGGCUUUGCCGGAGCAGAUUCCUUUGCUGGAGACGGAUGGCGACUCCGAGGAGCUUCGCGCAGAGCGUGAGGCGCGUAUCUAUGACAGUCUCGCGGAGUACGCGAGGGCCCGCGAUUGGGAUGACUGCCUCGAUCGCGUUGAUCGUCCCUCUGCGUGGCUUUGGCUUGAGGGCGAUAACCCCAACGAGAGCUUUGAUUCUAGACACGCGGGCGGCAUGCCGCUUGAGUGCCUUAGAGGGCUUGUAUUCCUGAAGGCGUGGCCUUCAAUUGGUCGACUGCCGCCCCGGCCGCUUUCCGCGAAGUAG